UCCCCAUAUCGGCAGGGGGACAGCAGCAUCCGCUACUUUGAGAUCACGGACGAGGCGCCCUACGUGCACUACCUGAACACUUACAGCAGCAAGGAGCCACAGCGUGGCAUGGGCUUCAUGCCCAAGAGGGGGCUGGAUGUCAGCAAGUGUGAAAUUGCCAGGUUCUUCAAGCUGCAUGAGCGCAAGUGUGAGCCCAUCGUCAUGACGGUGCCACGCAAGUCAGACCUCUUUCAGGACGACCUGUACCCCGACACGCCGGGCCCUGAGCCGGCCCUGGAGGCAGAUGAGUGGCUGUCAGGGAAGGACGCGGAGCCCAUCCUCAUCUCGCUGCGGGACGGCUACGUCCCCGUCAAGAAUCGGGAGCUGAAGGUGGUCAAGAAGAACAUCCUGGACACCAAACCCCCCCCGGGCUCCCGCCGCAGCUCCACUUCCAUUACCGACAUCUCUACCCCCGUCCUGGACGAGGUGCUGGAGGAGAUCCGGGUGCUGAAGGAGACGGUGCAGGCGCAGGAGAAGCGCAUCUCCGCUCUGGAGCACAAACUCUGCCAGUUCACCAAUGGCACGGACUGAGGCACGGGUAUGGGACUGCGCCCAGCCCAGCAUUAAACCACAUCCCGCAGCGGG